ACAAAUAUUCUUCUUCUUACAAUGGAAAUUAACUUCCAGUCGCCGGAGACCCACGGCGGAGCCGCUGUACCAGUGGUCAAAACAAGCAAAUUCAAAGGCAAAACCAGAGGAAACAACGGCAACAAGUUCGUCGGAGUCCGGCAGCGGCCGUCGGGCAGAUGGGUGGCGGAAAUCAAAGACACGACAAAGAAAAUCCGAAUGUGGUUAGGAACAUUCGAGACCGCCGAGGAAGCCGCUCGUGCCUACGAUGAAGCCGCCUGUCUUCUCCGAGGUUCGAACACAAGAACUAAUUUCUUCAUCCCACAAAUCCCCACUAAUUCCCCAAUCGCCUCUCGAAUCCGCACCCUUUUAAACAGCAAAAAGCCCCUGGGAAAUUCCUCCGCCGCCGCCUCCGCCGCCGUCCCUGCUCCAACAAUUCAGGACGGUCGGAUGAUCGACGGAGAUUAUAAACCAGACAUGACGAAUUGUUCGGAGAAAACAGAGAUGGGUUCGUGUUGUUCUUCGGAUUCUUGUCGAUUUGUUGAUGGGUUUUGGAAUUCAGAGGAUUUGGAGCUUUGUGAUUUUGAGAGGAUGAAAGUUGAGAGGCAAAUUUCAGGUUGUUUGUAUGCUAUGAAUGGAGUUCAUGAGUAUAUGGAGGCUGUUCAUGAGGCCUCUGAAUCCAUUUGGGAUCUUCCUCCGCUCUGAUCGUUGUUCGGUUAAUUUGUAGAACAAUUCGAAAGGGUAUACACGAGCUAGGUUGGGUUGGAUUAGGUGGGUGAUCGAGCGAUUUGAAUAGAGUUUAUGACCCGACCCACCUUCUAUUUUCUGGAAUGAGUUGAAUUGGGUUGUCGAGUUUUUUUUUUAUCCAAUUUUGUAUAGGGUUUACGAAUAUGAUCUGGAGCAACCCAUGUUAAUGGAAGAAUAAACGGGCUUGAGCUCUCUGUUAGUUGUAUGUAACGUCUCAUGUUUAGGAUUCAUAUUUUCAAUAUCGCUUACGACAUGAUCAUGUUACAAAUGGAUGCAUCUCCCUAACUUCACCUCGUUUUGGUUAGGGCCUUGUUUUAAUCCGUUGAAGGACCAUAGAAGUUCGGGGGAUGCAGGUCGAGAUGGUGAGAUAGCUUCUACACUUCGGUUUUGGAAUGUUCUUGAGAAAAUAGGCAAAUUUUAGCAGUGGCAUGUUUAUCCGAGAUUGUUGAACACUUGAAAUUACAGAUAGGUUGGGAAGUCUCUUAAAUGGAUUGCUUGCUUGUUGAUUCUUAUUCAACGAGUUGUUCCCUCUAUUGUACGUAAAUUAGAGAUGUUUAACGGGUGGAGCGAGACAGGGUCUUUCCGUCUUCGCCUCAUAUUUCAAUGCCAA